AUGGACGUCAACUUUAAGUUGUCCGAAUGGGAGCAACGGCUUCAAGGGAACAGGGUUAUCACUAUGGCCCCAGAAGACUCCAGCGAGGAGCUCAAAGGAAGCCUGUGCAUUGUGGAUGCUAAAGCACUUUAUGAUCACCUUUCCAAGGAGACUGCAGGCCCAUCAGCGGACAAGAGAACUGGUCUGGAAAUUCAGGUCAUCAGACAGAGCAUGAGUGCUAUCAACAGUGAAGUUCGAUGGGUGCCUCACCCCCGCAUGGUGGUGGACGGCUUGACUAAGAAGGGAGCCAACAUGAACGCUCUGUAUGACUUGUUGGACACUGGAGAGUACCAGAUCGUCGACGAGGCCCAGGCUAUGGAAGAGAAGAAGCUUGAGCGUGAGCACCGAGGCUACAAUAAACGCUAG